AUUGUCACUCUGCCAUGGAGGGAAGAUUCACGGCAGUAAUAUUUUUCCUUCUGGUUUCAUGUGUCUCUAGGACAUUAGGACAAACAUGUGAGGGAAACUGUGGAGAGAAACUUGACUUCUGCUCAUGUCACCCAACGUGUACGUCUCUGAAGAACUGCUGUACAGACUAUAAAGAGUACUGUGUGGAAAUCUUUCCUUAUUCUGGGACUACUUUUGGUGGGACAGAUUUUAUUGUCCUUGAUGCAACCUUCAAUAAAAGUUCCCAGAUUGUGUGCAGGUUCAACAAUAAUACCAACACUGUGGGGUAUGUGGAUGAAAACAGUAGGGGCCAUUGUAUCUCCCCACUACUCUAUGAAACAGGAUGGGUCCCUUUGCACAUCUCCUCAGAUAAUGGCAACACAUUCAGUAGAGUUGGAGCCUGGCUUUCAGUACAUACUGGCAAGUUAGACCCUCAGUUCAAGGCGACUCUGGUCAACUCAACAAAAUGGCACUUCUAUGGCACACCUAAUGUUGGAGGCACUCUUGAGAUGACUUGGAAUACUUCUUUGGUCAGAGCUGAGAGGGUCAAUAUCGAGCUCUGGGGAUACAUGGAGACCGGAGAGCCCUAUUCAGACGACUGGCAAGGUGGUUGGGAGUAUCUGUACUCACUUGCAAAGGAUCAGCCCAACGAUGGUUCCUUUAGCUUUUUGCCCAAACCAGCAGAGAAGAACUUUUCACGUUGGGAGCUUGGCUCUGUGCGCAUCAGCCCCAGUACCUACCGUGAUGGCAUGUGGAAUGUACAAGCUGCAUGGACUGAGGAUCAUGCUCUAGCUUGGCAUCUGGAAGAGAGGUUCAGGCAGAACUCAGCAAUGUGGGCCCUGGAGAAAUGUAUAGCAUGGGACCAUCUGGAAAAUCAGCUGCCCAACUUCCUCAGUGAAAUCAUAGACUGCCCCUGCACUCUGGCUCAAGCGAGAGCAGACACCGGGAGGUUUCAUACCGAUUAUGGCUGUGACAUAGAGAAAGGGAGUGUUUGCACUUACCACCCUGGGAGUGUUCAUUGUGUGAGGGCUAUACAAGCCAGUCCUAAGUAUGCAGCAGGACAACAGUGUUGUUAUGACAGCGCCGGUGCUCAGAUCCUGACGGCAGACUCGAUUGGGGGCAGCACUCCAGACCGAGCACACGACUGGGGCUCACCUCCCUACAAGAGACCUCCUCGAAUUCCUGGACAGUCCCACUGGGUCUAUGACGUCCUCAGCUUCUACUACUGCUGCCUGUGGUCGGACAACUGCUCUUACUACUUCAAACACCGGCCCUCCAGUGACUGCAGGCGUUACCAGUCACCCAGCUCAGCUGUGGUGUUCGGAGAUCCCCACUUCAUAACUUUUGAUGGCGUCAGCUACUCCUUCAACGGCAAAGGGGAAUACACUUUAGUGACCUCGGCAAAGCGAGAGCUCACGAUCCAAGGCAGAACGGAACCUGUGAACGGAACCACAAUGAAAGCAACACAGUUAUCAGCUGUGGCCAUGAAAGAAGCAUCCUCUGAUGUUAUUGAGGUGCGACUUGUUAGUGGUCACAACAGCCUCGAGGUGCUGCAGAAUCAAAAGACCCUCUCCUUUGCUGAGCAGAGCUGGAUGGAUCUGCAUGGUGUGUUUGUGUUUUCUCCUACCUCAACAAAUGUGACCGUGAUGUUCCCCACUGGAGCCGGGGUGGAAGUGCGACUGGGAGAGGGAACAAUGACAACCACUGUGCUCCUGCCAGAAGACUUCAAAGACUCUACUCUCGGAUUGUUGGGAAAGAUGAACGGUGACGCCGGAGACGACCUCGUCCUCAGCAACGGUCAACUUGUGCAGAACCACAGCAAUCCAGAGGAACUGUUCUCCUUCGGGGCAAGCUGGGCUGUAUCUAACAAGUCUGCCUUGUUCACGUAUGACUCUGAAUAUCUUUUGGACACAUAUUACUAUGCUCCCAGACAUGACCCCAGUUUUAUUCCAGUGUUUGCUGUCCCUGAGAGUCCAGAUGAUCCUUUAGUUGAUCAGGCAUCUGAGAUAUGCUCUGGAGAGGGAUCUAAGUUCUGCAGGUAUGAUAUCCUGGUAGGUCGUAGUCCAAGACUGGGAAAUGCUACCAGGGCGUCUUUCCAGAGUCACAUUUCUCUUGUGGAUGAUCUAAAGCCAGUGAUAUCCUGCGGCUGGCUUUCACCACCCAAUAAUGGGAAGAAGGCCGGGACCACAUAUUUACAAGGAGCUAAAGUUCGACUCUCCUGCGAUGAUGGCUACACUCUCAAGGGAUCGGCAGAACGCGUAUGCCAGGGGAAUGGCCAGUGGUCUGGAGAAGAGACAAGCUGCGUGGUUCCCAGUAAUCUUGCAGGAAUUGUGGCUGGUUCAGUCAUUGGAGCUGUAGCAUUGAUUGUAAUCAUAACAACAAUUGUACUCCACUCCAGACAACAGAAAAGAAAAACUGCACGCUCAGUGAAACCUGAGACCUUCUAACCAUAAUUUUUGCCUCCCUGUCAUACUGUACCUGUUCAUGUCUUCACAUACUGAAAAAUGAAAAACUUUAAGAUGAAUACAUAUAUAAAUACAUGCUUACAUAAUACUAAAGCGAUAGCUUAUUUUGAUAUAUAUUGUAAGGUUGAACAAAGGCCCCUGCACAGCUAAAGAGUUACUACACACUACAUCUUCCAUGGCAGAAUAUUGUCCAAGUAUUGUUGGAUUUACUUUGAUAGGUUGAAAUUUUAACCUGUGUUGCACUUUUGACCGCACCCAUUGUUACUGACUAGAACUCUGGGCUAAAAAAUGGAGCUUUAGGUUUAUUGUAAAGCAAAAACACUUUGUUGAUGAAGGUUUUGUGAGUUCAUCUUCACAGUAAGUCACAGGUAGCCUCAUUCAAAACAUACUGUAGGUCUGUUCAAUAAAUUAACAAUAACUGAUAAAAACCCUGUCAAACAUGGAGCAAAGUUCUACCUUGCAACUGUUGAAACACUCCAUUAUUAUUUAAGUCAUACAGUGAAAAUAUCCAUAGAGAUUUAAGUGUGUGAGCUGCUGAAUAAAAAGAAAAUCUUUGGUCAGCUCUUCAGAUCACCUGUGUGUUUAAACAAGAACUGAAACUGUAAAGUUAACUGAAUUCUGUGCUGUGUAUGUAUUAUGUGUUUAUUGUCCUCAAAUGCUGAUGAAUAUUGUUAACAAGGUUUGUUAUUUUCAAAUUUGUUGGACAAUAAAGU